AUGAGAAUCAGCACUUUCGUUCCUGCCAUCAUGGCCUUCACCCUCUUCACCGCCACGACCCAGGCUCUCCCCGCGCACCCCCACCACGAGCGCGCCAUCGACCUCCUCAAGCGCGGCGGCAGCAGCACGACCACCGCCCCCGACCUGAUUGCCACCGUCGCCAAGAUCUUUAUUCAAGCCGAAACUAAGAUCCUCGCCGAUGCCUGUGUCGACCUCAAAGUCUCCGCCUGCGCCGACGUCAUCGUCAAGCUGAACGCCAAGGCCAGUCUCCUGAAAAUUAUUAAUAUCGAUGUGAAAGUCAAGGAUCUUGAGGUCAGUGCCAAGGCCGACGUCGACGCCGACAUCAAGGCCCGUAUCGACCUCGAUCUCAAGGCCGUCGUGCUUGCCAAUAUUGAUGCCCAUGUCCGCACGGUCGUCGGCAAGGUCUGCCCCAAGGCCGACAAGGCCUGCCUCAAGAAGAAUGCCCGUUCGAUUGUUGUACAAGUUGCCGCGUUGAUCAAUGUCGAUGUCAAGAAGCUGACUGUCAAGGUCAAGGCUGAUUUGGCGGCCCAUGCAAAGCUUCGUUUGGAUCUUUUCAUCAAGAAGUUGGAUUUGAACGCUUUGGGAUUGGCCAGGGUUACUGUCUCGGCGAUUGUUCACGUCCGCGCUACUGUUGAUGCUCAUAUCAAGGCCUUUAUUGAUGUUUGCGCCAAGUUGCUUGUCAACGCCAAGGUCAUUGCCGACAUUGGAGCUCUGUAA